CCCAUCACUACACCUUACAGGAAUUUUGAGGUUAUACUAAUAUCGAGCGUUCAGUUCGAUGCUUUAAGUUGUGAAUAGUUAUAGGUCUAACAGAGUAACUAAACAAAUAAUGUAUAACAAUGGAAACUAAAUUAGACGAGCUUCAACAAACAUUCUUAAAAAUAUCCAAAACCAAGUUAAGUUUGACGAAAAUCUCCGGAGACCGUUUGGAUUUAGAUUACGGGAUUGUUUUACCCAAAACAGUAGCUAAUCAAGUGUUUAAGUAUCUAGAAGAUACGAUUGAGUAUUACGAAGGCGAAUUAACCCAGGUGAGGAUUUUUGGUAAAUUCCAUAAAAUACCCAGACAACAAGUUGCUUUCGGAGACGACGGACUCAAGUACACAUUCUCUGGUGUCACCGUACCUGCCAAACCUUGGACGAAUGUUUUGGACAGUGGUUGCUUGACCGGACACCAUUACAACUUUGUUUUGAUAAAUAGAUAUCGAAAUGGCAAAGACCAUAUAGGAGAACAUAGAGAUGCUGAAAAAGAUUUGGACAGAAACAGCCCGAUUGUUUCUAUUUCUUUAGGCCAACAGAGGAACUUUAUCCUCAAGCACGGCGAAUCGAGGGGAAAGAACAAAUCCAAAAGCAUUCGACCUGUGAAGUUGGCACUUGAGCAUGGCAGCAUUCUCUUGAUGAAUCCACCAACAAACGAAAUUUGGUACCACAGUUUGCCUCCAUGCAAGACCGCGCCGGGUGUUAGAAUCAAUUUAACGUUCAGGAAAAUUAUAGAAUAGUAUAUAAAUAAACUAGGUCUCAAUGAAUAUGAUAUAUGUAUAAUCAUUUUUCAAAUUUUUAAAUAUAAAGUUUUAUUUAUUUGUACACA